AUGUCUGCUCGUCCCCAGAACAUUGGUAUCAAGGCCAUUGAGGUCUACUUCCCCAGUCAGUGUGUCGACCAGGCGGAGUUGGAGAAGUUCGAUGGAGUGAGUGAGGGAAAGUACACAAUUGGUCUGGGACAGACUAAGAUGAGCUUCUGUGAUGACCGUGAGGACAUCUACUCCAUUGCUCUGACCACCUGCUCCUCCCUCCUUCGCAAGUACAACAUCGACCCCAAGUCUAUCGGUCGUCUUGAGGUCGGCACAGAGACCCUUCUUGACAAGUCCAAGUCGGUUAAGUCGGUGCUGAUGCAGCUGUUUGCUCCUCAUGGAAACACCAACAUUGAGGGUGUCGACACCGUCAAUGCUUGCUAUGGUGGUACCAACGCUGUAUUCAACAGCAUAAACUGGGUUGAGUCUUCUGCCUGGGACGGCAGAGAUGCCAUUGUUGUCUGCGGAGACAUUGCCCUCUAUGCCAAGGGAGCUGCCCGCCCCACUGGUGGUGCUGGUGCCGUCGCCAUGCUGAUCGGUCCUGAUGCCCCUAUUGUGUUCGAGCCUGGUCUCCGUGGCAGUUACGUCACCCACGCUUAUGAUUUCUUCAAGCCCGAUCUCACUAGCGAAUACCCCGUCGUUGAUGGCCAUUUCUCACUCAGGUGCUAUACCGAGGCUGUUGAUGCUUGCUACAAGGCCUAUGCCGCUCGUGAAAAGGUGCUCAAGGCCAAGGUUCAGAAUGGCACAAACGGAGUCCAGGAUGAGACCAAGACUCCCCUCGACCGCUUUGACUACAUCCUGUUCCACGCCCCAACCUGCAAGCUGGUGCAGAAGUCCUAUGGCCGCAUGCUCUACAAUGACUACCUCGCCAACCCCAGCCACCCCGCCUUUGCCGAAGUGCCUUCUGAACUGCGUGACUUGGAUUACGACAAGUCUUUCACCGACAAGACCGUCGAGAAGACCUUCAUGGGUCUGACCAAGAAAAUCUUCGCUGAGCGUGUGCGUCCCGGUCUCGACGUUGCCACCCUGUGUGGUAACAUGUACACGGCCACCGUCUAUGCCGGUCUCGCGAGCUUGCUCAGCAACGUCACCUUCGAUCCUAGUCAGCCCAAGCGCAUCGCCCUCUUCUCGUACGGUAGCGGCCUCGCCAGCUCCAUGUUCAGUGUCAAGAUUGUCGGUGAUGUCUCCGGGAUGGUUGAGAAGCUUGACUUGCACAAGCGCCUCAACGCCAGAACCGUCCUACCUCCUCAGGCUUAUGAUGACAUGUGCAAUUUGCGUGAGCACGCCCACUUGAAGAAGAACUUCAAGCCUACCGGCAACACCGACACGCUCUUCCCCGGUACUUACUACCUGACCGAGAUUGACGACAUGUUCCGACGAAAGUAUGAAAUCAAGGCAUAG